AAAUGCGCUAAAGCAGCAGCGAAUGUUACAGUUUGUGUUUCCUGUGUUUCGUAUGAGCGGUGUGAGUGGAAAGCAGACUCCACCAUGGAUAUCCGACCAAAUCACACCAUCUACAUCAACAAUGUGAACGAUAAAGUCAAGAAAGAAGAGCUGAAGCGGGCGUUGUACGCGCUCUUCUCUCAGUUCGGUCAGGUAGUUGACAUCGUGGCCAUGAAGACCAUGAAGAUGAGGGGACAGGCCUUUGUCGUCUUCAAAGAGCUCACUGCCGCCACCAACGCUCUGAGGCAACUACAGGGCUUCCCGUUCUACAACAAGCCCAUGAGGAUACAGUACGCAAAGACCGACUCCGAGGUCAUUGCCAAGGUGAAAGGCACGUACGGCGACAAGGACAAAAAGAAGGAUAAGAAGAAGAAGGCUCCGGAGUCAGCGUCCAGCCUAACAAAGAAGCCAGCAGUGGGAUCAGCAGCACCUGUGCACUCCCCUGCAGCGCAGGUGCCGGACAACCCACCAAACUACAUCCUGUUCCUCAAUAACCUUCCUGAAGAGACCAAUGAGAUGAUGCUCUCCAUGCUGUUUAACCAGUUUCCUGGUUUCAAAGAGGUGCGGCUCGUCCCGGGGAAACACGACAUCGCCUUUGUGGAGUUUGAAAGCGACACGCAGGCGGGCGUGGCUAAAGACGCGCUGCAGGGCUUCAGGAUCACGGCGACCUGCGCCAUGAAGAUCACGUACGCCAAGAAGUAGUUCCCCAGGUUCAACCAGGGGACUCAAAGAGACUCUUGAGUGGGAGAGGGGACGGUCCCUGGAUUUCUGUUGUCUCAAGAUCAUUUAGAUUUUUCUAAAUCCUUCGGAGCUUAGUUUUGUUUUUUUUGUUUGUUGUUCAUGACAGUUGAAUAAAAAAUCUCUGGCCUACAUUUUUGUUUUGUAAAAUAAAAAGUUUUUACAGAAUUGAUGUCUUGAGUUUUCCUCGAGGCUCUAAAGGACCAAAUGGGAUCAGUUUGUACACGGUCACUUCAGCUUUUGAUAAUAAAAUAAUAAAAUGAUAAUACUGUAAUACAA